UGCCCCCUAUCCUAGAGAAGUUUUAACCUUGUAGGAUGGCCAGAAUUAGGGUGACUAAAUCAAUUAAUUAUUUUCAUAUUUUAGUAUAUGCUUUUCAUAGGAAUUUGAACUUUCUGUUCUUUUACAAAGAUUUCUCACAAAAAUGAGCGCAUCUCUGUGACAUGUGAACGGAGUCCUGAGUGUAUACCAAGUUUUUUGAAAUUUAAUUCAGCUCGUGUCAUGCUAAUUUAGCAUUUUGUGACCCCCAGAAACAACUUUAUAGAAGACCACUACUACAUGUAAAAUCCUCAAGUCACUGCAAGAAGGCAACACCGCUCUUAUUAGCUUACGGAAUCUAACUUUUUGGAUAUAAUGUUAAUUACAAACCGGAGAAAGACCCCCCUGAAUGAUUAAGAACAUGAAUAAAAUCAUAUUUGUCUUGGUAAAAUGUAUUUUAUAACAUAAGUAAGUGAAAUUUCAUCACUAAAGCUUGUUUUCACCCCUCCGGGCCGAGUGGGUGGAUGCCUGUUCUGUGUCUUCAAACACAUUAACAGAACUAGUUAUGACAAAGCAUCAAGUACAGGAGUAUUUUGUUUUUCCUUUGAAGGUCUUUGAAGAUCUGAGUAAAAAGGCUUUACUCCGUCUAUAUAUGUUCCAUGUCUGGGUGCGUUUUGAACAGCAGCCCACAAGAAAGCUCACACAAGGCUCACUUCAAUCUGAACACCGGGAACAUUGACCUUCCUCCCAACAUGACGAGCUGGUCCAGCUUUCACAACGGGGUGUCUGCAGGCCUGAAGAUCGCCCCGGGCCUCCCAGGUGGACUCUGCCUGCAUUGCCGACAACAACGGACACCUCAGCAAGCUGGCCACACUCAACAUACAUGACGACAUCACCGAGCCCUACAGUCACGCAUUCAAGUCAUAAUCUCUGUUAUUAAACAAGUGAACCACGCUGAGUAGGAAGUCCAUGGAGGACUAAUUAAAAUGGCUGCCAUGACAUGACUAGCAUCGGGCUGCUACUGGGUGUGUCUGCAGCCAAGCUGAGAAACAUGGACGUGUCAAUCACCACCCACCUGCAGAGCAUCCACAUCCCCGCACUGCUCCCACCCACCUCCACUGAGCUGGACGUACCGCACAACGUGCAGGUGUCGGCUGUGUUGGGCAUCGGCCUGGUCUUCCAGGACACGGGCCACCGCCACGACGCAGAGGUGUGCUCGCUGAGAUCGGCACAAAACCAUGGUCUAACAGAAUACUAUGACCAGAGACUUAAGAAUGUCCCAAGUGUGGGGGUUUCUGGUCAUCAACGUGGACGUCACCUGUCCAAGAGCGACCCUGGCUAUGAUCUACCUGAAGACCAACAACAGGUCUAUCGCAGGUUGGCUGAAAGCUCCAGACACCAUGUUCGUCCUGGACUGCACUCUGGGUCAGUACAGACCUGCCUUAUCUCAGUGUACUCUGGGUCAGUACAGACCUGCCUUAUCUCAGUGUACUCUGGGUCAGUACAGACCUGCCUUAUCUCAGUGUACUCUGGGUCAGUACAGACCUGCCUUAUCUCAGUGUACUCUGGGUCAGUACAGACCUGCCUUAUCUCAGUGUACUCUGGGUCAGUACAGACCUGCCUUAUCUCAGUGUACUCUGGGUCAGUACAGACCUGUCUUUCACUGAGUCAAACCCCCGGAGCUCUCCGUCAGUGGUUCCCAACCUAGGUGGGGGGCGCCACAUUUUCCUUGGGGGUUGCGGGCCCUACUUGAUUUGCAACAUUUCUGGGAUCUUUGAUUUCAGCUCAUGAAACAUGGGACCAACGCUUCAUGUUACGUUAAUAUUUCUGUUCAGUAAAAUGGCUGAUCCUGUACACUAACACAUUUUAGGUCGUAACUAGCUUCUAAACCCACAGUCAUAAACCCCGCCCAUUUCUACAAUUUCUCUUCUUAAAAUUUGAUUUUAAACCUGAUCUUAACCACACUGCUAACCUUAUGGCUAACCUUAAGACCUGAAAGCACAUU